CCAAAUUGUCGCCACCCCAAAACCCAGUCAUCCCUCCAGAAAUUGUAAUACCCCUAUAGUUUCAAAGAUAUGUAUCUCCAAUACCACGAACUUUCGGCCCGGAUGACUACCAAGCCGGUGGUCUUUGAGCAGACGUACUACGCUCAGGACUCGGGGACUCUGGAGCAGUUGCGGGAGUUGUCGUCGCGGCGAAAGGCAUGGGAGGAGCCACGGAACGGGUCAAACAUGGCUUUUGCCAUUGCGAGGGAGAUUGCGGGGGGAGAGACGUCACCAGUAGCGCAGGAGAUCGGGAAGGUGGAAAAGUAUCUGCCGCUGCUCGAAAACCUGGUAACCCGGGUUAUCCCCGAAAUAGAUAACCCGUUGGUCAUCAAAUGGACGGAGGAGCUGCGGCUACGGUGGACCAGCCCCCUCUCGGGGGGUUUCACCAAGGGGAAACUUUUCCGGGUUAACGACCUGGUUUACGAGCACGUCAUGACCAUGUGGCUGUACGCGGGGCUGCUGCGGGAACGGGCGUUCGAGAUGAUGGACAAAGGCGAUCUCGUGGAAGCUUCCAACAUCCUCCGCAAGGCCGCCGGCGUGUUCCAGCACCUUGAGGAGCAGAUCCUCCCCCCCCUUCAGCCGCGGCUGCCCCCCGAACGCCCCCCGGAGGUCACCACUUCCAUGGCCAAAAUCUGGAGGAUCCUGUGCUUGGCAGAAGCACAGGCGGUUACUGCUCGGAAGGCGGCUGAGAAGCAGACCAGCGGCGGUCUGCUUGCGAAGCUGCACUACGGUGUCGUGGAGUUGCUGAGCCAGGCCGCGGGACUAUUACGAGAGCACUUGGGCGACUGGAACGAGACGUCCGACAAAUUCCGGCGAUGGCUGGGGUUAAACGCAACCCUGCACGAAACCCAGUGUUACCGCAUCUUGGCGGAGGACUAUCGGAAGCAGGAGAAGAUUGGAAUGGCCGUGGCGCUCGUGCGGGUCGCACAGGCGAAGCUGCUCCAGACAAAGCCCCCCGGAACGGCUUUGUCCUCUUCGGAAGACGUCUGGAAAGCCGCCUUCAAGCAAGAGGUGGACGCAGUUGCAGUGGCUCUGAAAAAGUACCUACACGAGAACGAGUUUGUGUUCCAGCAAAAGAUUCCGGACUCAAAGUACGACUUGCCGCACCUAGAGGGGAAGACAAUUGUGACUGCGAUCACGUUUCAGCCAUCCGGGCUCGAUAGGCACUUCGUGUUUGUAGAGACAAACGAGAAACGGAACCCGCGGAGUCCAAAGGUGUAGGAUAGGCGCUCGCACUCAAUGUGUCCUAGUGUGUGCCACGGUAUACUAAUGUAGGGCCAGCCUUGCUUGUACAUGAUACCUCCGUUAUGGUGCACGUCAUCUUCUUCACCCAAGUCACUGCAGAUUUGCUGCGUGAAGCCUGCGCGCAACAACAGAACACUGAUCAAGCCAGACGGAACCAGG